GACGUAUAUAAAGCGCCUGGUCCAGGAGGUAGCAAGUGUCAGUUCGCUAAAAAGUUUCUUUGGUGAUCCAUCAGACGUGACUUCGUGUCUUUCUAUUUGCCCAAGAUGAGCCGAUUGGUCCUCGUAGUUCUCGCCGUCGCCCUGGCCGUGGCCAGCAGCGCUCCGACUGACUCCAGCAGCCCAGUGCCGAUCCUCCGUCAAGCCCUCGACGGCCCCAACCCUGACGGUAGCUACAACUACAAUUACGAGACCGGUGAUGGCACCAAGGCCGAGGAAUCCGGCUCUCUUCGCAACGUUGGCUCUGAAAACGAAGCCAUCGCUGCCCAGGGCUCCUACAGCUACACCGACCCCGAAGGCAACGUUAUCGAAGUCAAAUACAUCGCCGACGAGAACGGGUUCCAGCCUCAGGGUGCUCAUCUCCCCGUUGCCCCCGCCAUCCCCGAGGCCAUCCAGAGGGCGCUCGAUUGGAUCGCCGCUCACCCUCAGCCAGUUGAGGAAGAGAAGAACAACUAAGAAACCAUCGACUUUCUGGCACCCUCUAUAUUAGAGGGUUUACUAGACGAGGAGGGUGUACCAUAUGAUUUUUCCUUUUUGUAAAUUUUACUAUACGCUUUUGUACAAUUUUUGUAAAUUUUUUCUCUGAGAUGCUGUUUGCGAAUAAUAGAUCUGUUGUCUUAUUAAACAUUUCUUAAAUAUUAAAAAACA